AUGUCGACCGGACGCAAGGUCUUUCAUUGUGCCGUCGACGAGACGGCCCUCUCCACCAAUAUCAGCGAAAUCAAGAAAUGGACCGCCAACGGCGCUAUUGAUCUUGUGGUUCCUCUCUACACUCUUGAACGACUCCAUGCGCUGAAGCGAGCCGGGUCUCAGGUCGCUAUCAAUGCCCGCGAGGCAGUCCGCUUUCUCGACAGGGUCACCUCCGGCAAGGAUCAUAUUACCGCCGAUCGAGUUGUCCUUCAAGGCCCCAUGGAGCAAUACGAGCGCUGGGAGGACGCCGAGAAAUAUUUCCUGCCAGAAUUCGAGGAGGAACCCGAGGAGACCAGCGAGGUCGCCACUAAUGACGAGCCGGCGACCGAAUCAAGCGUUAAUGAGACUGUGGCCAAGAAAGAGUCGGAUGAUUUGUCGCAAAUGCUGUUGUCCAAGCUGAACUUCAAGAAGGACCCGGAGGCCGUGUCGAUUACCUCUGUCGGUACCCCCAGCGGACAUGGCUCGCGCACAUCCUCUCGCAGCUCUCGCACUAGCCCCGAGUGCGCUCAGCAUGACGCCAGUAACGGAACAGGAAAGAGCAAUGACAAGACCAAGCGAAAGUCCUCAAGCCACCAGCGCACCACCUCUGGAUCCGCCAUUCCGACAGCGCCACCCGCUCUGCGCCCGUUGCUGAGCGCCCUGCUUUGGCGAUUGCAUGCUGGGCCCGAUGCCGAGAACUCUACUAAGACAUGCAUUCUUAUCACCAACGACCGUGCGACUCAGGUGUGGGCUCAAAAGUUCGGCAUUGGCGUCAAGAACAUCCUGCAGCUGCGCACCGCCAUCCAGUACGAGGAACGCGAAUACAAGAACCGCUGCAAAUACGUCGAGAAGACUCAAACUCAACCCGUUGAACCCAAGACACUGUUGUCUUACGAGGAAGAAAGCGACGAGGAUGAGCUGGUGUUCGUUCCCCGUGGCCGUGGUAAGGGAGCCGCCCGAGCUGCGCCGCGCACUGGUGGCCAGCGCAAGCCUACACCGAAAGUUGCGCCUCCUCCCGUUGAACCUAUUACUACGGUUGAAGUUCCUACUCAGCCCAUUGACCCGGACUCUUUCAGUCGUUCUCUGGGUGGCGCUACCAAGCAGGCCACGGUGGACUUGGACACUCAGCAAGGCGCUGCCAAUACCGCCCGUGGUGACUCCGGAGCCUCUCGGCGCUCAGCUAAUGGUCGCCGUGGUGGAGCUUCACGUGGCGGGGCUUCGCGUGGUGUCAGAGGCAAUGCCCGUGGUCGUGGUAAACUCUGGGUUCCUUGA